AUGAACAAACUGGCUAUAUUUUAUUUGCUCCACGAUAAUGCAAAUUCUUUCUUUUUGCCAAUUCUCUUAACACUUUCUUUCUUUCUUUCGUCCUUUCUUUCGUUCAUUCUCUUUCUCUUUUUAUUUUAUAUUUCCUUCUUCAUGGCCCUUCUUUUGCCUUUUUCAUUCAGUCCUUCUUCCUGUCCCUUCUUUCCCCCCUUUUCAUUCAGCCCUUUUCCCUUUUUCAUCCACUCCUUCUUCUGGGCCCUUUUUUUCUCUUUUUAUUCAGUCCUUCUUCAUGGCCCUUCUUUUGCCUUUUUCAUUCAGUCCUUCUUCCUGUCUCUUCUUUUCCGCCUUUUCAUUCAGCCCUUUUCCCUUUUUCAUCCACUCCUUCUUCUGGGCCCUUUUUUUCUCUUUUUAUUCAGUUUCAUUUAUCUUUUUCUAUCUCUCUUGACUUUCACCAAAGUCUCUCUUACAGAAAUAAAACCUCCUUUUGUCUUCCGCAUUCAUUCUCUUUCACUUAUUCUUACUAACCUCCCCUUUGUUUUUAUGAUUCCGUCUCUCUUUGUCUUCAUUCCCACUCUCCCAUUUUGUCUUUCAACUUAUUUCUCUCUCUCUCUUUCUCUCUCUUUCUCUCUCUCUCUCCAUUCACCCUUUCUUCUUAUACUUUUUAACCUCUCAUUUGUUUUGUUUUUUUAUUUCCUUCCCUCUCUCUCAUUUAUUAUUUCCCUUAUCGUCUUUACUUUCUUCUCUCUUUCUUUUUCUUUCUUUCUUCAUUCGUUCACUUCCUCUUUUUUCUUUUUUUUUACUUUAAAAUAA